UAUGGAGGAAAAAUGGCUGCUGGUAUUGGUCUAGAACUUCAUAAGGCUGUGCAGCAAGGGACCAUCAAGUGCAAUUUCUCUGGGGUUGCCUUGGGUGACUCCUGGAUCUCCCCUGUUGAUUCGGUGCUCUCCUGGGGACCUUACCUGUACAGCAUGUCUCUCCUGGACGACCAAGGUCUGGCGGAGGUAUCUCAUGUUGCUGAGCAAGUCCUGGAUGCCGUCAACAAGGGGCUCUACAAGGAAGCCACUCAGCUGUGGGAGAAAGCAGAAAUGGUCAUUGAGAAGAACACGGACGGGGUGAACUUCUACAACAUCUUAACCAAAGACACUCCCAUGUCUUCCAUGGAAUCCAGCCUGGAAUUCAUGCGGAGCCACUUGGUUCGUCUGUGUCAGCGUCACGUGAGACACCUACAUGGAGAUUCCUUGAGUCAGCUCAUGAAUGGUCCCAUCAGAAAGAAACUCAAAAUUAUUCCUGAAGAUUUCUCCUGGGGAGCCCAAUCUUCCAAUGUCUUCAUGAACAUGGAGGGGGACUUCAUGAAGCCGGUCAUCAGCAUUGUGGAUGAGCUGCUGGAAGCCGGGGUCAAUGUGACCGUGUAUAAUGGCCAGCUCGACCUCAUCGUGGACACCAUGGGUCAGGAGGCCUGGGUGCGGAAGCUGAAGUGGCCAGAACUGCCCAAAUUCAAUCAGCUGAGGUGGAAGGCCCUGUACAGCGACCCCAAAUCCUCUGAAACAUCUGCUUUUGUCAAGUCCUACAAGAACCUGGCUUUCUACUGGAUUCUAAGAGCUAGCCACAUGGUUCCCUCUGACCAAGGGGACAUGGCUCUGAAGAUGAUGAAGUUGGUGACUCAGCAAGAAUAGGACUGACGGCUGGAGAUGAGCUGGGUUGAUCUCAGUUCAGGAGCUGAGCCCGCGACCCUGGAGCAGUGGGAGUCAGCCAUGUUCCUUCAGCUUGACCUAGGCUGUGCUUGGGAAGUUUCCCCCAGCCUCAGCAGAGGAUAAAGUGUUGCCCCAGGACAAGCUGGAAAUCAGUUCUGCUUAAGAAAACUGAAGUUCUUGCAAAAUGGGCUUGUUUUUAUCAAAAUGAAGGAUUAUAACAGAUUAACUUUUCCUUAUUACAAAAGCAAAUGAUGUGAUUUGUACAAACAGUGGGAAAUUAAGGUAAACAAAGAACAAAAUAAACACUCGUGUGCAGGGACAAGCACUGUUACCAA